CAAAAUAUGAGCAUACAUUCAUAGUACGGGCUUCCAGUUUCACAUUUAUGCGAUGAUACCCACUAAACUGCAUAUAUACCACAUUUUACUCAACGUGCUUUGCUUUUAAAGCCCAGCCGUGCGCCUUACAAAGGAAUAAAAAUGACACAAACUUUUAUUUGGAAGUGGUACUACUAAAGCUGCUGGCUGGCUGGAUGCAGGGAUUUUCUGGAUGAGUUGCAUGGAAGCAGGCAGAUAACGUGAACGUUGCAGGAUAAACAACCAUGGAUGUAGCGUUGGAUUACAAUAUUUAAAGACAACGGCGUCAUUGCUUUACAUUUUACGACUGCUGUCUGUGCAAACGACGGCUUGUUUCUUCUUCGGACAACUGGACUUGGGCUGCGAUAUCAGGCUGCUUCAGUGGUGAGGAAGCUAGCUGUCAAGUAGUAGCCCACUAGCCAGCUACACCACGUUAGCAUCAGUAGAUUUCAUUAUGGCAGACAGUAUCAUGAGCAAGGCUGCUACCAUGGAGAUCCCCAUUAACAGCAAUGGAGACACAGGGGCACUGCCAGAGGAUGACAGCCUGGAGCAGGAUUUGCAGCAGGUGAUGGUUUCUGGACCCAACCUGAAUGAAACCAGCAUUGUCUCAGGAGGUUAUGGAGGACCUGCAGGGGGCAUCAUUCCAACCAGCUCCAUCAAAGGGCCUGCAAUUCGCCUCAACCCUGAGUAUCUGGACAGAAGACGAGCCCCUGCGCCUGGACCAGACAUUCGCAUGAAAUCGAGGGGUGUUAACUUGCCUAAAAGCCAAUCUGCAGCAAGUCGUCUUGCCCAACACACAGACCAGCAUUCAGGGUCCUCGAACCAUAAUACUUGCAAUUCAACUGAGGAAGUUUCUCGUGGUGUGGCAGUGGAGAAAUUGGACAGUGUAAAGAAAUGGGGCAUAAAUACAUAUAAGUGUACCAAACAGAUGUUUUCAGAGCGGUUUGGACGAGGCUCACGGACAGUAGACCUCGAACUGGAGGCUCAGAUUGACGUCUUAAGAGACACCAAGAGCAAGUAUGAAAACAUCCUAAGACUGGCCACUGCGCUCAUUAAUCAUUUUCAGUGCAUGGUGCAAACACAACAGGCUCUUGGAGACACCUUCACCGACCUCAGCCAGAAGUCCCCAGAGUUGCAGGACGAGUUUGGGUAUAAUGCAGAAACUCAAAAGCUGUUGUGCAAGAAUGGCGAGGCCCUGCUUGGUGCCAUCAACUUCUUUGUAUCCAGUGUCAACACCCUGGUUAACAAAACAAUGGAGGAUACUCUGAUGACCAUUAAGCAUUAUGAAAAUGCAAGACUUGAGUUUGACGCCUAUCGUUCUGAUCUGGAAGAGCUGAGUUUGGGCCCAAGGGAUGCCGCUGCCAUGGUCCGCAUAGAUAUGGCCCAGAAUGAUUACCAACUCCACAGAGACAAAUACGAACGGCUGCGUAGUGAUGUCACCAUCAAGCUCAAAUUCCUAGAGGAGAACAAGGUGAAGGUGAUGCACAAGCAGCUGCUCCUCUUCCAUAAUGCUAUCUCGGCUUACUUUGCUGGCAACCAGCAGCAGCUGGAACAAACUCUUAUACAAUUCAAUGUAAAGCUAAAGCCCCCAGGAUCAGACAAGCCAUCCUGGCUGGAGGAGCAGUAAAGAACGCUCAGGGUUCAGCUGGUUGAGAUGUACAGUGACACGCUGGUCAGUGAUGAACUUGAGAUCAUGGUUAGAUGGACAAGAAGUAAAUUCAUAAAGGAGUAUACUGUAGGAUCAGUUGAGAACAGUGAAGAAAAACAUGAGAGAUCAAGUUUGUAUUGUUUUUCAAUAUCACUUAUUUGACAUAGAUGGUACGAGGAUUUCAUUUGUAUUUAGGGUUUUUUGUUAAGUCACAAAAUAUUACUUUAUUUUUCUUUGGGUAGCACAAUCAUUUACAUGUAUAUAUCUUAUGUAUGUACAGUAUAGUCUACUAUUGUGGAAAUAUCCUUUGGCAGUUUUGCACAUGCAUUUUUUGUUGUUUUUUAUGUUGCCUGAAGCGUUAUCUUUAAUAUUUCAUGAUAUAUCACAUGAGAGGAAUUCCACAAAGUGGAUUAGCAAGUUAGCGGGAUAAUGUCAAAUGUUAUGAAAUAUCCUCUGAAAUUGUAUGUAUGUUUCUUGGGUAUGCAUGACUGAAUCAGAUUCUUAAACUUAAUAUUCAUGUUUAAAUCGGAAUCACCAGGAUAUAGCAUGAUUUUCAAAGUUAUCUCACUAUGUUUCUAAUCUUACUUUGUGUAAUACCUGCCUCAAUGGUCAGUUUACAUGUAUAGAAGGGAAAAUAUAUACUGUAAUAUAGUGAUUUUCUCUUACUUAAUAUACAAUCCAUAAUUAAGUUGAGCUCCUAAAUUUUGAGUACCUUUAGAAUUGUAGAUCUUUAUGAAUCCAGCACAGUUACAACUCAAGAGUUUACAAACAUUAAAAAUGCAAACAAGCCUCAAAAACAGAUGUAAUAUGUUUGGCAGUAACACUUCAAAUGAGAAAUCCCGACAUUUCAAAUCUCAUAAUGAAAUCAAAAUGCACCACAGCCAGGGUUUGACUGAACAUUUUUAAAGGGAGGCGCCAUUGUGCAACUAUAAAAAUGGCCUUUGCGACACAGCAGUUGUGUUUAAGUUGUCUCGUUUUUACAACACAAACAGUUAAUGGGAAUCCUAGACUAGGAUACACGUUCCAGUAUUUCUUCAAGGACAGAAUGUAUGAAUACAUGUAUCAUAUUUUGUGUUAUUUAUUUACCAAUCUGUAACAUAACAUUGUUUGUUACGUAAACUUCUUUUAAGUCCUAGUCAGCUGAUUGUCUUUGUCUUGUUCUGCAUUUCCAAUAAAGUCUGCUGGAUGUUUUGUUCCACUUAACUGUGCAGUUGACACAAAUGUGUCAGUUUGAUAUGGAACGCUUUCACAGAGUAUGUAGAGAAAAGUCACAACUCAUAUGUAAUAUGUAUGGCACUAUUAAUUAUGUACAUGACAAUACAGUAUGAUAUAUCUCUAA